AGGAAGGCCCCGGCCGGCGGCGGCAAGAGCGGCAAGAAGCCUCCUCCCGGCGGGGACCCGGCGCCCAAGCAGGGCCGCUUCCGCAGCCUGGAGGACGCGCUCAAGGCGCUUGAUUUGUCAGAACUCCAGAAGGAGCUGGACAAAAGCUUGAGCAUGUUCCCGGAGAAUCCUUCUGUGUGGGUCAAAGACCUGGCUGGAUAUCUGAACUACAAGCUGCAAGCUCCAAAGAGCGACCCCACCCUCAGCCAGCACCCUCAUGACUAUCCCUACUGCCUUGUGAACAAAGAGCUGAGGAGCACCAUCAAGUCCUUGCUGUCAAAAUCGGCGGGUGUCCUGGAGCUUUUCUUUGACCACUGCAUUUACACAAUGUUGCAAGAGCUGGACAAGACUCCUGGGGACUCCCUGCAUGGCUACAGGAUCUGCAUUCAGGCCAUGCUGAUGGACAGGCCUAAAGUUGCCACCAUGAACUUGAGCAAGUAUCUUGAGCUGCUGAGCUCCCAUCAAAGCCGUCCGCCCAAAUGUCUCACGAUCAUGUGGGCCUUGGGUCAAGCUGGAUUUACUGAUCUUACAGAAGGACUUAAAGUGUGGCUCGGCAUUAUGUUCCCUGUUCUGGGAAUCAAAUCUCUCUCCCCAUACGCCAUUGCCUACCUGGAUCGGCUGCUGAUGAUGCAUCCCAACUUGACCAAAGGCUUUGGUAUGAUAGGACCCAAAGACUUCUUCCCUCUCAUGGACUUCGCCUUCAUGCCCAACAACUCUCUAUCCCCCAGCCUGCAGGAGCAGCUGCGCCAGUUGUAUCCCCGCCUGAAAGUCCUGGCCUUUGGGGCUAAGCCUGAGACCACCCUGCACACCUACUUCCCUUCCUUCCUCUCCAGAGCCCUGCCCAGCUGCCCCCUUGAUAUGCAGAAAGAGCUGCUCAACUGCCUGGCCGAGGGCCUCCGCCUGGAUCCCCUCAGCUUCAAUGUCUGGAGGCAGCUGUACAUCAAACACCUCCCACAGUCAAGCCUGCUCCUGAAUCACUUUCUGCAGACCUGGGACAGCACUUCCAAAAAGGUGCGGAAAUCUUUACAGGAAACAGUUCAUUCCUUCAAAGUAACAAACGAGGAACUGACCAUGAAAGGACCAAACGACGAACAGGAUGUUGCAGCUUGCAGAGCUGCCUGCAAGAACCUGCUGCUGAAGAUGAAAGCCAGUGGCCUUCCUUGGGCUCGGCUGCUGCUGGUCGCCUUGGUAUGCACUGCAGGGUUCCUGAUGCAUGACAUCAGGACUCAUGGCUCCUUUGAAGCUUCUGCCUCGGCUCAGGUGCUCCGCUCUUCCGGCAUCCUCUCCGCAUCCCAGCAAGCCUGGAGCAGAGUUUCCCACUUCUCUGUGGAAGGGUACAGCUGGCUGGAAGCAAACAUGCCUCUCUACUACUCCCGUGUGGCCACCGUGCUGGGACCCAACCUGGAGCUGGUGUGGGCGAAGACAAACGAAACGGCCGCCUACAUCUCUGGGAAGUGCUCUGCUCAGCUCACCUGGCUCAGUGACAACCUCCCCAGGUUCAUCGAAUGGCUCCAGACCCGGGUUCCAGAUUCCGUGCUGCACGGGGCGGAAUACCUCAAGGAGCUGCUGCUCUUCCUCAUGCGGAACUACUUCCUGCCUGCUGUGGACUAUGUUGCUGGGUCCCUGGAGGGGGCCUGGAAACACUGGGUGGCUUCCUGCAAUGGCGAAGGGUCCUGGGAGUGCUUGCGGAAACAUGUGACCAGCCUCAGCCAAUCCUCUUGGACGUACCUGCAAGACACCACCGUGGCCAUCAGAGACUGGGCCCUGGCCAUCGUCUCUGCGCACUAGUCGAAGCCCAGGGCUCAGGAGGUUUGGGUCACUGCUCUCCCGUUGCUGCUGGCAGCAGGAUGUGCCAACUCACUGUUCCACAUGCAGACCACAAAGCGAGGGGCAGCCUCCACCUUUGACUUGCCGCUGAAGCCCAGGUCUGCCCAGCAGGCCAGAAGCCUCCCAGCUCCCCACCCUCUGUGUGGUCGUUCUUUGUCUCCACUCCAGCCUUGCUGAAAAAGCCAGUUGUCUGCUGUCCAUUUGAUGGGAGG